AUGAAUUAGGAUUCAAUAUGUUAGACACACAACCAACCCACUAUAGGAUAUUAUUAUGAUUAGGAAGAUAUGCCUCAUCAGUUCUGUAGUGGUUGUAGUCUUGUUAAUGUAAAAUAUUCAAUUUAAUUUUAUAGUCACCAUAUCGUAGAUAUUCUUAUUAAGAUAUGAUCAAUGAUAAGUCUAAGAUCAAUGAUUAAAAAUAAAGAUUUAUGUAAAUUUUAACUGAACUAAUUGAAAAACAACUGGAGUAUAUAGAAAGUAUUAAUAAAAAGUUCAAAAUUUUGAUAGAAGAAAUUAAAUCAGAAUGCAUAGUUUUUGGCUAAAAAUUAGAAUAGAUGAGAGAAACAGUUUAAAAUGAAUAUCCUCUAAGAAAAGGUCAAAUUACAAAGUUAUUAGAUUUUUAGAACUAUAAUAUAAAUUUAGUAAAUAACGAAAUUUAUACUCUAUGCAAUCAAUAUUUUGAAGAUCAUUAUCAGAAUAUUUAUAACACUUCCUAAGGUAAUAUUUAAUCUUUAUUUACAAAAAUGUAAAACGGCAUACCUUAGCUGUUAAAUACUAAAUUGAUUAAUAAUUCUGAUCAAAAAAAUUUAGCUUUAUACAAUCUGGAACUUAACUAAUUUAUUGACAAAUAGGUUCAAUCUCUGAAAAAUAAGAUUUAAGAAAUUUGUUAAGAGAAUGCUCAAUUGUAAGACAAUACAAAAAGAGAUUAAUUUUAUUUUAAAAUUGAAUCUGAUAAGUACUAUAUUAAAGAUAUUUCCUAACUAUUUAUUGAUAUUCGAAAUUAUAUAGACAUAAGUUCAUAAAAUAUAUUUUAUCAGUCUGAUAUUGAGAAAUAAUUAAAUGAUUUUAUGAGUGCUAAAAAAUUUGAAGCUUAAAAUAAUGAUUAAACUGAAAAUAAUAAUUAGACUGAAAAUAAUGAUUCUAUAAUAAAUUUUAGUGAUGAUGAUGAUUUCUAUAUUUAAAAUGAAUAGAUAGAAUGA